CCGCCGCACCGACCCCGGCCCCGCUCCCCCCGCCCCGGGCCGCCCCCAGGAUGGGGCCCGGUGGCCCCGGUGGCCGCUGGCCCCUGGCCGGGACCGUGCUGGUGGCCGUGGCCGCCUCGCUGGCGGCGGGCGGCGAGGACUGCCUGUGGUACGUGGACAGGAACGGCUCGUGGCACCCCGGCUUCGACUGCAACUUCUUCACCUUCUGCUGCGGCACGUGCCACCAGCGGUACUGCUGCCGCGACCCGCUGCGCCUCAUCACCGAGCGCCAGCAGCGCCACUGCCUCGCCUUCAGCCCCAAGACCAUCGCCGGCAUCGCCUCGGCCGUGGUGCUCUUCAUCGCCAUCGUCACCACCAUCGUCUGCUGCUUCAUGUGCUCCUGCUGCUACCUCUACCAGCGCCGGCAGCACCUCCGCACCCCCCUGCAAGGCCCCGAGAUCCCCCUGGCCAGCUACCCUGCAGCCCCCCCCGCCCCCUUCCCCAUGGACCCCAAAGCCGGCCCCGUGCCCCCCCAGCCUGGCUUCACCCCCAUGGCCAUGUACCCGCCGGUCGGCCCCGCCGCCCAGUACCCGCUGUACCCCUCCGGACCCCCCGUCUACAACCCCACAGCACCACCGCCCUACGUCCCCGCACAGCCCAGCUACCCCGGCGCCUGAACCCCCUGGGGGACCCCGCGUCUACUGGUGACAUCCUGGGGUGCCCAUGGGUGGCAAGCGGGCACGGCCUGGGGGCCCCCGUUGUCGUCCCCCCCCCCCCAGGCCGUGACGCCACCCUGUGAGGCUGAUGGAUGGAUCCGGCCCUUCCCGGCCAUCCUGGGGACGAGGAGCACAGAGAAGCUUUUGUCCCCACGCCCGCCCCGCACACUGGGACCUUUGUGGGUGCCCGCGGGCGCCAGCGGCCCCACGCAUGGAGGGGCAAUGCUGGGGGGUCCCCCUGCCCGCCGGCAUCGGGGGGGGCACUGGGGGACCCCCGCCCGCCCUGAACCCACGGCUCUUCCCAAGCGGGUGGCAUUAAACCGUGUGUCCCCCCCCCCA